GUUUGCCACUUGACUACAGACAGCUUCAGCCCGCGUUCAAGCUACACCCCAGGUGUGAGUGCAUCUGAACAGGGAGACUCGACACAACUCAUUAAAAACAGCCUGUUUCAAUCCUGAGCUUCUCUAUGAGGCGUCUGGGUUGAUCUCUGUCCACGCAGACGUCUACCCUUCUGCUGCAUCUGGUAGCUCAGUGUGACCUCCUGUACCUGAGGAGGCACAGUAGACAGGGCAAACACAGGAGGAGCGGCCAGAAAGAGGUGGAGCAUGAACUUUGACGAAAUCCUUGCUCAGAUCGGAGGCUUUGGGAAGUUCCAGAAGAUCCUGUACGUAUGGAUUUGUCUGCCCCAGAUCCUGCUGGCGUUCCACAUGCUGGUAUCGGUCUUCACAGGGGCUGUGCCCCCGCAUCUCUGUCGCUCCGAGUGGCCCUCCAGCCACGCUGCUUUGAGUUUCAACUUAAGUCUGGUGGCCGACCCUGGUGCUGACCUGGCCUGCUCGGCCCCUGGCCCCGGCCGUGGCUCCCCACAGCUGAACGCCAGCGAGGCCUUGGCUCUCAUCACCAGCCAGGCCGCCACAGGCUGCCAGGGGGGAUGGGAGUUCAGCAAGGAGAUUUUCCACAGUACUGUGGCAACCGAGUGGGACCUGGUGUGUGACAAUGCCAAUCUGAACAACAUUGGUGCCUCUAUCUACAUGUUUGGUCUUCUGAUAGGGGCUGUGGUGUUUGGCGCCCUGGCAGACAAGUACGGUCGCAGGCCCAUCAUUUUGGUUGGCUUGGCGAUUCAGACGACCUUCGGGAUCGGUGCAGCUUUCGCGCCGAAUUUCUACAUCUACGUCAUCCUGCGCUUUGUGGUCGGGACCACUAUUUCAGCUGUCAUCAUGAACGCGUUUGUUUUAGGCACAGAGUGGACAGGAUCGAAGCAUCGGAUGCUGGCCGGUGUCAUCACAGACUACUUCUUCGGGUUUGGUUACAUUAUCCUGGCAGGGCUGGCGUACCUUAUACGAGACUGGCGCAAACUCCAGCUGGCCAUCUCAGCACCAGGCUUCCUGUUCAUCUUCUACAUCUGGGUGUUGCCAAAGUCGGCCCGUUGGUUAAUGGCCAAUGACAAGAAUGAGGAAGCCAUGGACCUGAUCCGCAAGGCUGCUCUAAUGAAUGGAAAACCCCUGCAGGAUGAUGAGGAGAUAAGUCUGGGAUACAAAGACAAGCUGAAGCUGGAGGACAAGAAAAAACACACGGUGAUUGACUUGGUCCGCACUCCUAAAAUGAGGAGGCAUUCAUUGAUCAUUUUCUACCUGUGGUUUGUCAACGUGAUGGUAUAUUACGGUCUGUCUCUCAACAUCUCUGACUUUGGAAUGAACAUCUACCUCACCCAGCUCAUCUUCGGCCUGGUGGAGAUGCCCGCCCGCACCAUCACUCUGUUCACCCUCAACCGCUCCCGCAAGAUAUCCCAGAUGGCCUUCCUGGCAGUUGGGGGUGUCGCUUGCCUGCUGACCAUUUUCAUCCCUGAUGAACUUUCCAUCAUCAGAACCAUCCUGGCUAUGGUCGGCAAGUUCGGAAUCACCGCGUCCCUGUCCAUAGUUUACAUCUAUUCUGCUGAGGUGUUUCCAACGGUCAUCAGGCAGAAUGGGAUUGGGAUGGGCUCCAUGUGUGCGCGGGCCGGAGGAGUCUUAGCCCCCGUCAUUUACCUCCUGAGGACCUUCAGUAAGAGCGCACCCAUGGUGCUCUUCGGCCUGUUCACCCUGCUGGGCGCCGGGCUGACCCUGCUACUGCCUGAGACAGCCAAUAAGCAUCUGCCUGACACCAUUGAGGAUGUGGAAGGAGCCAAUCCGAGGUCUGGUUGAACUUCAUAGC